AUGAAUGAUAUCGAUGUCGUACGGGCAGAUAAGUUUUGGACGGCGCCGGAAAUCCUGCGGAUGGAGGAGAAAAGGCCGCCGGAAGGCACUCAGAAGGGAGAUGUUUAUUCCUUUGCCAUCAUCGUCCACGAGAUCAGCUUCCGAGAAGGACCUUUCUUCGUCGACAACGAUCUCCUCACCCCCAGGGGUAAGUCUCCAUCUCGUCAGAUCGUUCAGAAUCUCCGUUUCCUCCCUUCCAUGUCACAAGAAGCAGUACUUUUGACUUGGAGGGGAGGAUUGGGUGUACCGGAGGAGGAAAUUUCUCGUUAG